UGCGAGAAACAGGAACACUAAAGAUUUGAAGAGAAAGGAGAGUUUGCCAUUGUAGCUGUAUAUCGAUCCACUUUCGUAAUAUAUUAAAUUGUAGACGUUUUUAACAGGCGGGAUUUUGCGCUAUUAUGUGUAUAAUUUAUUGUUCAGGAAGAAACUCACGCGUAUUGCAAAAUUAAGUCGUGCAAAGGGGGUCCGGGGAUUGGGGAAACAGGCAUCGCAUCGGGUCAAAAUGUCGAAUCCGUUCGAGGAGCCCCUUUCCGACAGUUACAGAGUGGACUCUUUCCCGAAAGAUUUCGGCUAUGGCGUGGAGGACAACGACAUCGAGGAGAGCUCAGCACCUGCUGACAGUAAACCGAGAAUACUGUUGAUGGGAUUACGACGGAGCGGCAAAUCCUCAAUACAAAAGGUGGUGUUCCACAAGAUGUCCCCCAAUGAAACACUGUUUUUGGAGAGCACAAACAAGAUCUACAAAGACGAUGUCUCCAGCACCUCCUUCGUCAACUUCCAGAUCUGGGACUUCCCUGGUCAGGUGGACUUCUUUGACCCCGCUUUCGACUAUGAGAUGAUCUUCAGGGGCACCGGGGCACUGAUAUUUGUUAUCGAUGCACAGGACGAUUAUGUGGAGGCUCUGGGGAGACUCCAUCUCACCGUAUCGAGAGCCUAUAGGGUUAACCCUGAGAUCAACUUUGAGGUCUUCAUCCACAAAGUGGACGGCCUCUCUGACGACCACAAGAUCGAGACCCAGAGAGACAUCCAUCAGAGAGCCAAUGACGACCUGGCUGAUGCCAGCCUGGACAAGUUGCAUCUCAGUCUUUACCUGACGAGUAUCUAUGACCAUUCAAUAUUCGAGGCCUUCAGUAAAGUCGUCCAGAAACUUCUCCCUCAGCUCCCAACUCUGGAGAACCUUCUGAACAUCUUCAUAUCAAAUUCAGGGAUAGAGAAAGCCUUUCUGUUCGACGUGGUCAGUAAGAUCUACAUUGCCACUGACAGCUUGCCCGUGGACAUGCAGUCCUACGAGCUGUGCUGCGACAUGAUCGACGUUGUCAUCGACGUCUCCUGCAUAUAUGGGCUGAGGGAGGAUGGCAGUGGCAGCGCAUAUGAUAAGGAGUCCUUGGCCAUCAUCAAACUCAACAACACCACUGUGCUCUACCUGAAGGAGGUGACCAAGUUCCUGGCGCUGGUCUGCAUUCUCAGGGAGGAGAGCUUCGAACGGAAAGGUUUGAUAGACUACAAUUUCCACUGCUUUCGCAAAGCCAUCCAGGAAGUGUUUGAGGUGGGCGUGUCCACCCAGAGAACGGGCACCCCACAGCUUGACAUGCCCAGUCCGAAGGCUGCCACUCUGAACGGGACCCCCAGGAGCGCCGUGUAGCGUUUCGGAGGAGGAGGGAGAGAGAGAGAGAGCGAGAGAGAGACUGCUGGGGCUGUGCCCUGGACCCCUCACAGGUGACAAAGAGCCCACGGAGCAGCUGAGAGCGGGACAGAGGACCUGUCCGCCGUUUCCUAUGACUGAGAGAUUCAGACAGGAAACCCAGAAUGGAAAACAUUACAAAAUAAACAGAACUGUCAGCCAGCAGGGGGCGCUGCAGUACUGUAACCAGCCCUCCCCCCCCAGGACAACACUGUGUGUCGACACAUUGUCAGGGGUAGGGAAACGCUGUACAAAACACAAACCCAGUCUGAUAUCAUGAAACCCAUUCAACCCAAUGCUCACACACAGCACUGCUUCAGUUCAGCCAAAGUUUUUACCAUUCUGUCAUACACCUAUGCACAUUGAUAGCAAAUCAUAGAAAUGCACUAUUUUAGGACUGUGCUGUCUUAACCUCAGAGUGCUUUGGAGCACUGAGUUGGUGUGAAUGUGUCAACAAGUUUAUAGUAACUGGGUCCAAAACUAUGAGCUGCAUGGUGUAGGAUGGUUUAAAUGAUUAAUACCACUUUCUACUUUCCGUGAGCAUUUACUUCAGUAAAUUAGCUUGGUGAUGCUGCCGCUCUUGUGCUACCAGAUGAACUCUGCUUAUGACAGUAUGACACUGAGACUCAGUGAGGGAGAAAGGCUGUGUCUGCAGGAAGCCAGCCUGAGAUGUGUGUGUGUGUCUCAGGCAGAGUGAGGUGUGUGUGUGAGAAAGAG